UGAAAAAUAGAACGAGCUGGUGAUCGGCUCGUUCCAGUUAGCUUCACUAGGUAGCACAGCUGGUGGGCUUCACUAGGUAGCACAGCUGGUUAGCUUCACUAGGUAGCACAGCUGGUUAGCUUCACUAGGUAGCACAGCUGGUUAGCUUCACUAGGUAGCACAGCUGGUUAGCUUCACUAGGUAGCACAGCUGGUUAGCUUCACUAGGUAGCACAGCUGGUUAGCUUCACUAGUUAGCACAGCUGGUUAGCUUCACUAGGUAGCACAGCUGGUUAGCUUCACUAGGUAGCACAGCUGGUUAGCUUCACUAGGUAGCACAGCUGGUUAGCUCCACCAGCUAGCUCGGCUCCUCUCCAUGGCGUCCCCCGCGGGGCUCCCGCCGCUCUGUCCGGACCGAGCUGCCUCCUCGUCGGGCUCUCACCCAGCCUCCAGGCCGCCUCUCCGGCCCCAGCAGCCGCCUCCGGCUCACUCGGGCCCGGGCUGUGUGAUGGGGGAGUCGGUGGACGACGCGGAGGGUCUGUACGUGGCGGUGGAGCGGUGCCCGCUGUGCAGCACCUCCCGCCGCAGGCUCACCUGUGCCCGCUGCGUCCAGGCCGGAGACUUCGUGUACUUCGACGGGAGGAACACGGAGAGAUACGUUGACAAGCUGGAGCGGCUGAAGAAGCUGAAGGGAGAGAAGGAGGAGCUGCAGCAGAGAGUCAUCGGGGCCAUGGACAGGAAGCUGCAGGCGGAUGAGAUGAAGUGGAAGCUGAUGUCGUGCAGGAUGAGGAUCGAGCAGCUGAAGGAGGCGGUCUCCUGGGGCAACGAGGAGGUGAAGAGCGAUAAAGACCUCCACCUGCGCUCCCAGGAGGACGGGCAGCGGCUGCAGCGGCGGGCCGGACGUCACCAGGAGAAACGGGACAAAAUCGAGCGUCACAACCGGCGCCUGGGGGAUCUGCUGGAGAGACGCAGCCGCGAGCUGCAGAGCCGCCUGAGUCAGCUGGCGGCUCUGAGACGAGAGCACAUCCUGGAGCUCACCACGCACAUGUUCCCCACGCAGGAGGAGAAGCAGGGCAGCAGAGACCCCGCGGACGUGGUGACCGAGUCCGACCUGGCUCUGACCUCCAGCACGGUGAGCGAGCUGGCCGAGGCUCGGAGGACCACCUACCUGUCCGGACGCUGGAUCUGGGACGACCAGAACGGGGAGACCAGCAUCAGCAUCACAGGGGCGCCCGUCACGCUGCCUAGCAACGGAGACUGCUCCACCUACUACAGCUGGGUGGAGGAGAAGAGCACCAGCCAGGGCCCAGAGCUGGACCACAUUAACCCGGCUCACACCAUCAGUGCUGCUCUCUGCUACGCCACGCAGCUCGCCACCGUCCUGUCUCACAUCCUGGACGUCAACCUGCCCAAGAAGCUGUGCAACAGUGAGUUCUGUGGAGAGAACCUCAGCAGAUACCGAUUCACCAGAGCUCUGAGCAAACUCAACACCAACAUCCUGCACCUCUGCUUCUCCCAGCACGUCGACAGUGACAAGCUUCACCCUCAUCACACUCUGAGGAACAUCAUGUUUCUGGUUUCCCCGGACAAUGACAACCUGGGCAGGACGGGUCCGUUCGAGGUCAGCGCUGACCUGGAGGAGUCGAUGGAGUUUGUGGAGCCGGAGGCGGCCGGCCCGACGGAGGAGAGUGGAGACGAGGCGGUGACGGACGAGGAGACGGACCUGGGGACAGACUGGGAGACAGUCCCCAGUCCACGUUUCUGUGACAUCCCAUCACAGUCCAUGGAUCUUUCCCAGAGUGCUUUGCAGGUCUCCCAGCCCUCUGCUAACACCGGGGGGAUGAUCUCAUCUGCUGCUGCUUCCGUCACCUCCUGGUUCAGAGCUUACACCGGCCAGCGAUGAUCCAACCAGACCGGAGCGUGAACCAGGACCGGACUGGUUCAGAGGACUGGGGUCAGAGGACUGGGUCAGAGGACUGGGGUCAGGACUGGGUCAGAGGACUGGGGUCAGAGGACUGGUUCAGAGGACUGGUUCAGAGGACUGGUUC